AUGAAGAAGCCGUGGAGAUCAGCAGCCAGCACUGCUCCCACUGCUCAGCCUGUUGAUAUACAGCAGUCCAAUAUCCGCGGCAGGAUAUCUGGGCCUGUCCCUAUUUCGACUUCUUUGGAUGACGAGUUCCCUAUUCGCAACCCAGGUACCAACAUGGCUACGCCUGUCCAGGGUGAAUUCAAAGAAUCCCAGGCCACUGAGCCCACCCCGUCGCGCAACGAUUUUAGAUCUCCCACGUUCCCAGAGCCUCGUCGGAAUGGACCUCACGCUUUCAGGGAAGAGCCGAGGUCUUCCUUGCAUGCUCGACAGCCUGGCACAAUGAGUCGCCUGCAAAAGGCUGAACCAUCUAACAAUGUGCGGCAUUCCUUCGUCAGCGCGGACACGAGGGACAAGGAGCGCCCUCAACGCAAGCAGUCGACUCUCCGGGGCGCUUUGGGGAAGCUUUUCAAUCGAAAAAAGAAAUCAACCGGCAACGACAGUUCCAACAAUACUGAUUCGGAAACCGGUUCCACGCCAAUGCGCCCUGGGCCAUACCGUCGAUCAACGGGUGAGGAUGGCCAGGACUCGGUGCCUAGUCUAAGUCAUAGAGACAGGGCAGCUCCAAGGUCACGGACUCGUCCUUUCCCAGGAGCGGAAUCCAAGCGAUCAGCUUCCCUGCCCAUCACUGAAUUUGAUCGGGCCUUAAGAUCCCACUCUAUCCGCCCAGAAGAUGUCCGCGCCAUCGAGAGCGCGCGCAACUCAUUGAGCGCUGACUUUGGUCUAUCGCACGCCCACGCCCGGAUAAGUGCGACCAGAUUGCGCGAGUACAACCUGGCGGGCCUUUCACCGCGACCUGCUAGCAGCCAUGGCCGGGAGAGUCGGCAGGAUCAGAGCGACGACAACGCCCACGAGAUUGGCCGUGCAAUCACAAGUGACCUCCCGGGUGUACGCCGAAGAUCGCGGAGCUUAUCAGGGCUACCAGAUGAAAGCCAUGGUCAAACUCGUCGACGCAGUGAUGAGAUCAAAUAUUGGAGGGAGAGUUACGACCCGACCUUCAUGUCCCCAGUGUCUUCAAACCCCGCUGAAGGAGAAGGCAUCGCCAUGGAGGAAAUCGAACAGGCCCAGCAAGUAGAAGACGCUCCAAAAGAAACACGGGCAGAGCCUUUCAAUUUCGGAUCCUUCGCAGACAUGAAGCAGGUGGGGGGCAUGAAAAUCACACAUGCAGCAAACCUAGAAACCCGGGUAAACAAUCUCGAAUCUCGAGUCUAUCGGUUGGAGCAGGCUCUCGACCGAAUGUGUGAUGCUGCUCCAGGCUGGCAGCCACACCAAGGACCACCAGAUCGACCUGCGCCUCCAAUUCCGGUUGAGGGUCAAGCCCACACGGAUUUGCCAGAUCAUCAGGCUGAUCGAAGCAGAUGGGACCAUAGAAAGAGCUUCGGUCGUUCCGGCGGCUACCCAAAUUAUUCAAAAGCAGGCCAGAGGGGAAGUGUGUUGCUUGAUCCGCAUUCUUCGGCUAUUCUGAGUGGCAGCAACAAAGAUCGUCCCACCUCGACUGCAACAAUUCGUGGUGCAGCCAGUCUCCCGAGCCUUCUUAAGAACACCCCCGAAAUCUUCACCACGGACCACUAUAUAACACUCCUUGCCCUGAUCCAUACCGAACGCUCAGCACGAGAAGCUCUAGAGACUCAGGUCAAGACGCUUGGCCACCAACUCAGCAUCUUGUCUCAUUCGGUAAACACGAAUAGCGGAUUCGAUCCGCCUCCGACAGCCAAAUCCUUCGGUGACAGGUCUGCGUUUGACCACGACGAUGACGACGAUAAUCUCGCAUCCUUGGCUAUCAUGACAAGAUCGCAAAAUCGACAUAUCGACCCCGAGGACUCUGGUAUUGGAACCGGCCAUGGAGAUGAGAGCGAAUACUCUGACACUUUUGAAACCCCUCGCGAAGAGGGACAUAGCUUCGGAGCGUUCGGUGAAGAUCUGGACAAGGAAGAUCUGGCGCAAACCAAGGCCGCACGAACCCUUUCCCUGUCACAACUCACCAUGGGUCGGGGCGCCCAGAAGUCUUCACAGCAGGUUCAUCGGGUGAUAUAG